UAUGAGUUGUAAAUGUCAGUUUGGAAGGAUUAUCAAGAGGCAUUCGAGAUAUCUGUGACUGAUUACAGUUUUCUAAGUGGUUUCUAAGGAUGAGAAGACCCAAAAGCGACCCUGCUGGUGGGAGAAGGUUCAAAUUGUCCCAUUUUUUCCUGAGUAUGGCAGCAUUGUACUUGGUUUUUAUAGCCUUCAAGUUCCCUCUGUUGUUAGAGAUUGCUGCCGGGUUCGGUGGGAAUGACAAUUUUGUUGGUCUGGAUGGAUCAGCAGUAGGUAAGGAAGAUGGGGAUAUCAGCAAACCGUUCUUUAGUUCUGUUUACAAGGAUACUUUUCACCGGAAGUUGGAAAAUAAUGAAUACCAGAAUGCACCACAAAUGCCUUGGAAGGAGCCAUUACGGGAUGAGACUGGCAAUUCUCCACCUGUCAAACCACUUCAGUACCGCUAUGGUCGUGUAACAGGUUAUACUUUGAGGCAAAAGAAUAAGACAAUGGGUCUGUCUCCUCUGGAGAAAAUGGCUGAUGAAGCAUGGACUCUAGGCCAGAAAGCAUGGGCAGACGUAGAGAAGAUGAAUCCUGAAGAAGUGGAUCCAGGUUCUGUACUUGAGGGGAAACCUGAGUCAUGCCCUUCAUCUGUAUCUGUGAAUGGAGAAGAACUUGAGAAGGGGGACAAUAUCAUGUUUCUUCCUUGUGGUCUUGCAGCAGGUUCUUCUAUAACAUUGGUGGGGACACCCCAUGGUCCUCAUCAGGAGUAUGUACCUCAGCUUGCAAAAUUUAAACGUGGAGAUUCUAUGGUAUGGGUUUCACAAUUUGUGGUUGAACUGCAAGGGCUCAAGGCAGUUGAUGGGGAGGAUCCACCAAAGAUUUUGCAUUUGAAUCCACGGUUGAAAGGAGACUGGAGCCAAUGGCCAGUCAUUGAACACAAUACAUGUUACAGGAUGCAGUGGGGUACGGCUCAAAGGUGUAGUGGUUUACCAUUAGGCAACGAUGAUGACAUGUUGGUUGAUGGAUUUGGGAGAUGUGAGAGAUGGAUGAGGAGUGAUAUUGUCGAUACAAAAGAGUCCAAGACAACCUCUUGGUUCAAACGAUUCAUAGGGCGUAAGCAAAAGCCGGAAGUUACCUGGCCUUUUCCUUUUGCGGAGGGUAGAAUGUUUAUCAUGACUAUCCGAGCUGGUGUGGACGGAUAUCACAUCCAUGUUGGUGGCCGACAUGUGUCUUCAUUCCCUUAUCGAACGGGAUUUACUCUUGAAGAUGCAACAGGAUUAGCAAUUAAAGGUGAUGUGGAUGUGCAAUCAGUGUAUGCGACUUCUCUUCCUGUCUCUCAUCCAAGUUUCUCCCUCCAGCGAGUAUUGGAAAUGUCAGAGAAGUGGAAGGCUCAUCCUUUGCCCAAAACUCCGGUGCAACUUUUUAUUGGAAUUCUUUCUGCUUCAAAUCACUUUGCAGAGCGCAUGGCAAUUAGAAAAACCUGGAUGCAAUCAUCUGAAAUCAAGUCCUCAAACGUAGUGGUUCGUUUCUUCGUGGCAUUGAAUCCAAGGAAGGAGGUGAAUGCAUUGCUGAAGAAGGAAGCAGCUUAUUUUGGUGAUAUUGUGAUUUUGCCAUUUUUGGAUCGUUAUGAACUUGUCGUUUUUAAAACCGUCGCCAUCUGUGAGUAUGGGGUUUGGAACUUGAGUGCUGCAUACAUCAUGAAAUGUGAUGAUGAUACCUUUGUUAGGGUGGACACCGUUUUAAAAGAAAUUAAGGGUCUCUCUCCCGAGAAGUCCCUUUAUAUGGGCAAUCUGAACCUCUUGCAUAGGCCUCUCAGACAUGGAAAAUGGGCAGUUACUUUCGAGGAGUGGCCAGAAGCAGUAUAUCCUCCUUAUGCCAAUGGACCUGGAUACAUAAUUUCGAGUGAUAUUGCAAGAUUUGUCGUCUCUCAACAUGCCAAUCAAAGCUUAAGGGUGUUCAAGAUGGAGGAUGUCAGUAUGGGAUUGUGGGUUGGGCAAUUCAACAGUACCAGGGUCGUCCAGUACUCCCAUAACUGGAAAUUUUGUCAGUAUGGGUGUUUGCAGAACUACUACACUGCACAUUACCAGUCACCCAGACAGAUGAUCUGUUUGUGGGAUAAAUUGUCGAGAGGCCGGGCCAACUGUUGCAACUAUAGAUGACAAUGAGUGGCUGUGAUCAUUGGAGGCU